UAGGGUUUUUGCCAGCCGCCGCCACCUCUUUCCUUCUCUCCUGCGCUCUCCCUCAGCCGCCACCGAAGCACCACGAUGACGGCCCAAACUGCCGAGGAGCUCGCCGCCCAGAUCGCGCAAGAGCAGCUCGAGGCAAAGAAGGCAGAGUCAGAGGAGGUCGUAGUUGAGGAUGAUGAGGACGAUGAUGAAGACGAUGAUGAGGAUGAUGACAACGAUGAUGCUGAGGGAGAAGUUGAUGCCAGUGGCAAAAAGCAAAGCAGAAGUGAAAAGAAGAGCCGCAAAGCAAUGCUCAAGCUGGGCAUGAAAUCCAUCACUGGUGUGAGCCGUGUCACUGUGAAGAAAAGCAAGAAUAUACUGUUUGUCAUCUCAAAGCCAGAUGUCUUCAAGAGCCCAAAUUCAGAGACAUAUGUUAUUUUCGGAGAGGCCAAGAUUGAGGAUCUCAGCUCCCAGCUGCAGAGCCAGGCUGCUGAACAGUUCAAGGCUCCUGACCUGAGCCAAAUGACCUCAAUCCCUGAGGCAUCAGGCGCGGAGCAUGACGACAACGAGGAUGUCGACGAGGAUGGUGUCGAGCCAAAGGACAUCGAUUUGGUUAUGACGCAGGCGGCUGUCUCGAGGGCCAAGGCCGUCAAGGCUCUCAAGGCUGCCAAUGGAGACAUUGUCACUGCCAUUAUGGAGGUGACAACUUAGAUCCUAGCAAGUUCUUUUUGGCCGUAGUUUGGACAUUUUCUCUUUAUAAGCCAUUUGCAGCUUGAGCGUUGUCUGCGAACCAUAUGCUUGGAUAAGUUUGUCAUGUUUGCCAGUCUGAUAAGGUCAUUUCAGCGUUUUUCUGCUUCAUGCUAAGUUCGUACCA